AUGUUCCUCUCCGUCGCCCUCGUCGUCUUCGUCGGCCUCUGCGCCGCCGCCAUCGCCGCCACCCGCGGCCUCGCCGACGAGAAGCGCCGCCGCAAGGCGCCCGCCGACGCCGGCGCCGCGCCGCUCGAACCGCCGACGCCGCCCCGCCUGCCCGUCAUCGGCCACCUGCACCUACUCGCCGGCUACGACGUGCCCUACAAGGCGUUCAGCGCGCUCGGCGCCCGGCUCGGCGCCGUCGUCAGGCUCCAACUCGGCGCCGUCAAGUGCGUCGUCGUCAACGGACAGAAGAACAUCCGAGAGGGGCUCGUCACCAAAGGCAGCCACUUCGAUUCCCGACCGAACUUCGAUCGCUACCAGCAGCUCUUCGACGGCAACAAGGAGAACUCUCUGGCGUUUUGCGAUUGGUCGGACACGCAGAAAGCUCGCCGGGACAUGCUGAGAUCGCACACUUUCCCGCGAGCUUUCACCAACAGCUUCGUCGCCUUGGAGAACCUCAUAUCGCGUGAAACCCUCCGCAUGCUGGCGCAAGUAACGCCCGGAGAAGACGUCGAAUUGAAGCCGAUUCUCGCCAAGAACUGCGCCAACAUCUUCUUCGCCCACUUCUGCUCGAAGCGCUUCGACGUCGACGACGCUCGCUUCGGCGAUCUGGUGCAGAACUUCGACGAGAUCUUCUACGAGGUGAACCAGGGCUACGCGGCCGACUUCCUGCCGUUCCUGCGGCCGCUGUUGAAGCGCAACAUGGCCCGGAUGAGGGGCCUGACGCGCGACAUCCGGCGCUUCGUCGAAGAGGAGGUCGUCGGCGAGCGCUACGAGCUGUUCGACGCCGAAGACGAGCCCGCCGACUACGUGGAGAGCCUGAUCAAGCACGUGAAGGGCUCGCCGACGGGCGAGUUCGAUUGGAACACGGCGCUGUUCGCUUUGGAGGACAUCGUCGGCGGGCAUUCGGCCGUCAGCAAUUUCUUGAUGAAGGUGUUCGGUUUCCUGGUGAACGAGCCGCGGGUGCAGCGGAGGAUCCAAGAGGAGAUCGACGAGAACGUCGGCAGAGACAAGCACAUCACCAUCGGCGAUAGGAAGGCCAUGCCCUACACCGAAGCCGCCAUCUACGAAGCUAUACGAAUGAUUGCAUCACCUAUAGUACCCAGAGUCGCCAACAGGGACAGCUCCAUUAACGGUUACAAAAUCGAGAAGGGCUCGGUGAUAUUCAUGAAUAACUACGAGUUGAACAUGUCGGAGGAGCUGUGGGAGAGGCCGAAGGAGUUCCUGCCGGAGAGGUUCCUGAAGGACGGGAACGUGGUGAAGCCGGAGCAUUUUCUGCCGUUCGGAGGGGGUCGCAGGAGUUGUUUGGGGUACAGGAUGGUGCAGCUGGUGUCGUUCGGGGUGGUCGGGGGGUUUUUGCAGAAUUUCACGGUGGCGCCGGCGCAGGGGGAGCUGUACAAGGUGCCGGUGGGGUCGCUGGCGCUCAAGAAGGAUACGUUCAAAUUUAAGUUCGUUAAACGAUGA